GUGAAUCACCGGAGAUACUAUAAAUAGUUCACGUUUAAUCGUUCCUAUAUAAGAGGCGACAGCCAUAUUUUCUAUAGGUAUUAAACUGGGAGAGGUCGGCCCAUAAUAAGGCCGUGAUACUUGACAUCAGGAUUGGACGUUGAAUAACCAUUGUGUACAACAGAAUAUGCAGGCCAUCAAAUGUGUUGUAGUGGGAGACGGAGCUGUUGGUAAAACAUGUCUCCUGAUCAGUUACACAACAAAUGCCUUCCCGGGAGAGUACAUCCCCACAGUAUUUGACAACUAUUCUGCCAAUGUAAUGGUGGAUGGUAAACCCAUUAACUUGGGACUCUGGGAUACAGCAGGACAAGAGGACUACGACCGACUACGGCCAUUGUCCUACCCCCAGACAGAUGUCUUUCUGAUCUGUUUCUCCCUUAUAAGUCCAGCAAGUUUUGAAAAUGUGCGAGCAAAGUGGUACCCAGAAGUCAGUCAUCACUGUCCGAACACUCCCAUCAUCUUGGUUGGAACAAAGCUUGACUUGAGGGAAGAUAAGGAGACCAUUGAGAAACUGAAAGAGAAAAAGUUGUCGCCAAUCACCUACCCUCAGGGCUUGGCCAUGGCCAAGGAAAUCAGCUCUGUCAAGUACCUCGAAUGUUCAGCUCUCACCCAGAAAGGCCUCAAAACAGUGUUUGACGAGGCCAUCCGAGCUGUCUUAUGUCCAAAGCCGAAGCCGAAAAACAAAAAGAAAUGUAUACUCCUUUAAUUACAUAAACAUUUAUUUCAAAGAAUUAUAAGGGAGGGAUAUCAAAACAUAAACUGAAAACAAAAUGAGUUUGAAGAAGAGUGUGAACCUCCAUUGUUUCAUACCCUGUUAUCAAAUAGGAUACAAAGUUCAAGGAAAGGAAACCAGAAGAUAUAUUAUGGUUACAUGGAUGAGCAAAAUUUGAAAAUUAUUAAUAAAUUUGCAUCAACAACAUGCCUGAUGUAUAACUGGUUCAUCAGCAGCUGUAUGGUAAAACCUGUAUAAAUCCUGUACCAGUUUUAUAUAUAAGAUGUAAUCACAAGUAUGAGACAUAUAAUAUGCAGCAUUGUAUGCAAUGAAAGUUAACUUGCCUUGGUAGGAGUUGAAAUGUAGGACUUGUAUGAUGAUGAGUGGAGAGCUCUCCGGGAUUAACAUAACAGCGUUAAUUGUCGUACAUGUUGUGGAUCUGCAAACAAUGUUUAAGUGUCCUUCUGUCCUGGCUGUAAGCUCAGCUUUCAUAUAAGUGUGCUGCUACUCUUUGUUAGAUCAUAGGUUUGCUCACAAUAUUUCUUUGAAAUCGCUAUCUUUUAUCAGUGUUCUUUCUGUUUAGCAAACCCAUUAACAUUUCAUUCAUAGUUCUGUGUUUUUUUUAAAUCUGCUUAUUUCAUAGAUGUAGUUUGUGCUAAGCACAUCUUAUUCUAUGAUGUCUUCAUCCAGAAAAAUGAUUUUUAUUGGAAGCUUAACAACAGUUUGUAUUUUAGUCUGAACUAUGUUCCUUUGGUAGCCAUAGAUACAAUCUAAAGAUGUAUCAAUUAUAACAUGCAUGAUUAAUGACAUGAUAUCAAUUUGGAACACAUAUAUCAAAAACAAAUCCUAGAUUUUUAGAAGCAAAAGUAUUGUCUUUUUAUGAAAUUUAUAUUGACUGGCAUUAAUUUUGUAUGUGAUUAAUAAAAUUAAUUUAUGUCUUUUAGCACAGCUUCAGUUGUGCCCUUUUUUAUGUAGUGUUUGGGCAGUUGGUGGCCUUUCAUACAAUAUAGAUUUGUGUGUUAAAGUUAUCCCCCUUACUGUACAUCUUUUGUUACUGCCACUUCUCCCUUUAAAGUGAUGUUCUAAACCUGCUUAGCAUAUAACAUUUCUGCUUCAUUGUUGCAAACACAAACAUAUUUGAAGAAAGGGGAUUUCGACAUAUAUUCAUACUUAUUUUGAUUCCAUUUAUUCAUCUGACUGAUGUUUUAGAUAUAUAGAUAGACUCUCUACUUGUUAUGUUUCACUUUGUAAAUAAAAUUUUACUUUUUAAAUUUAAUUUUUGUCCUAUAAAAUCUCUUGCAUCUCUUACAUUAUAUAUAUGAAUAAACUUUUAUUAGAUUAUAAAAGUACAUGGCGUGUACCACUAUAUUUACAUUGUGCAUGUUAAAUUGUGGUGAAGAUGUUAGAGAGUGAACAGCAUACAUAUAUAUGAAUGUGGUCAGAAUAUACUUGUUAUUAUAUUUUCAAAUUACUUGUUCAUACAUUGAAGGUCAACAAUGCUCAUUUUAUCUAAAAAAAAUCCACAAAAAACUGAUAAUCGUCUGAUGCAUUGUGCGUUUCUUGUCGAGGAAAAUGCAAAAAAAUACAACAAUAAUGUAAUACACUUUCUGUUUUUGUUAUUGCAUGUGAUAUUCAAGUUUAGUUUAAACACACUCACUGUAUUUUUGUUUGAGUAAUGUUCUUUGGCACAGAUAUAUUAUUAAUAACAUCUACACUUUUGGGUAUUUUGAAUUACUUUAAAUAAUAUGAAUUGUUCUAUCGAUGGAACACCUAUUAUAUAAUCUAUAUACAGACUUCGGACAAGUACAGCAGUCAAAGUUGUAAAGAGCCACUUGAAAUCUUUUGAAAAUUCUCAGAAAAAAAAAAUGCUUUGCAAGCAUUCUGAUUUUUUCUGUACAGGUGUAUGAAAUGAUAGAUACAUGGGAAGGUUUCCAUGAAGUGAGUUGGCAUUAGUUAACAGCUGCUGUGUAAGACCCAUUUCAGUUGUUUCAUGUGUGCUGUUCAGCCAUUGUUUUAUUAAAGUGCUUGGUUUUACACUAGCUAUAUACCGCACUAAAGGUGUAUAAUGUGUUUGUAUAGUUUGUACUAGUGUAUAUGUGAUUAUAAUACUAUAUAGCUUUAUAAGGUUUAAUUAAAAGCAAGCCAUGUAUUGUCUUCUUUUUCGUCCUGGAGAUGAGUUUUCUUUUCAUCGUUUCUGUUCCCAAGGUAUACAUUUCUCCAGCUGUUCUUCCAAUCUUUCUCGUGACUGUGUGUAGUGGUAUUCAAACCUAUGUGUCUCGUACAAAAUCUUGUUAAGAUUGUCAGUAUAAAAAUGAAUUUUGGUGGCAGUUUCAGGUAUCAGAACCUGACAUCAGUUGUACUUAUGAAUGACAAACUGGUUUUCUAUCUUAUGCUCAAUGUGCGUUACUAGAAUAUUCAGGUGUUUUAAAGUAAAUGAUAUACUUUAGUUCUGUAUUAUAGCAUAAAGAGGGGCAACCUGUCCACCCAUAACGCUAACCAAGGAGGGCGACAGAAAUAAUUGUAAACCUCUAAUGAUGAUGUUAAUGGAAUAUAUUGGGACAUAUGUACUGGUACUGAUAUACAGAGAAGUUGUAACUAAUCCUAAUCAAUGUUCUGUAUCACAUCAAGGUCUGCUACGUUUACAAGGGCUACUUCCUAGACUUGUUGCUGGAACAGUGACAGAUUUUGAUCAUAUAUAGUUGGUAUAGAGAUUCCUAAUCCAUCUCUAUGUUAAUAAAAUCUUAGCCUAACAAAGUAUUAAUUUAAUAAGAGCUACAUCAGUGUUUUAGUUGUACAUUUUAUUGGUGCUUGUAUAUGUUUAUGGUAAGAGAUUUGCCUCAACUCUGCAGAUGUUGCAGUCUUGACAAAUCCAACACCCUGACAGUAUAACUGCUGCGUAGAAUUACUUCGAUACCAACAAGUCGUUAUCAGCAACACUGUAUUGAAUCAUUUGUAGUGGCAUUAUUGUAACUUACUAACAAGUCAGCAGCAAUUUUUAUGUUUACCGUAUACCGUGAAAUGUUCACCGUAGUUUAACUUUCCAUUUUGUCUCCCCCUGUAGACGGGGUUAAUUUAUCCUGACAGCAAAAAUUAGUCAACAACAUAGGUACUUAUUUCACGUGAUGAGUGACAUUAACUUUAGGCAAACUUACAAAUUAAUCUGUGAAAGGUGAAAGUUUAAUGAGGCAAAAGUUUCCCAAUAUACAAAGAUUGAUAAUUUAUAGUGACAAAUUUUAGCUGAACAUAUGGCACUGUAUUAAAUAAAUUGAGAUUUAUGCUUUAUUUCUUACAAAUGAUAUAAUUUUACACCUUUUGCAGCUGUUCUGAUGACUAGUAAGACGCUGUGUUUUCUGUUUUCCUUUUGAUAACGUUUUUGUUGGAAACACUUUGGCGAUACGGUAGUAGGUUAUGGUUAAGCUAGCAUACAUUAAGUGAUUGUCUUUUCCAUGGAAUGCAGUGUUAGCACUAUGCCAGACAUAUAAGUAUUGCUUUCAACAAUCAUUGGGGAGAUUGUGUAGAUAAAUAAUAUCACGUGUAACAUACAAAUGUUAAAAUUUCAGCUCUUUAUGUAAUAAAAUGAUAAUACUUGCUAAAA